UUUUAUGUUACUUCUAUUCCAGGCAGACAACAAAGGUCGGAAUGUCUCUUCGAAUAAUCCUUCUUAUCUGCGUCACUGCUCUCGCCACAGCUGAGGCCAAAUACCUGAACCACCAUCAGAAGCGCGACGCCGGGGCCAGCAUCUGUGACAAGAUCUACAACAACACGAAUAAAGUUCAAUGCUUCUGCGUCAAAGACAACAGGAAAACAAACGACAUCAAAUCAGCUGACUGCUACCUGAACAAAGCCAGCAUCGAAGAAAACAGCCCGGAAUGGAACGCAUUUGAACAACUACACAGUGUGGAUAAACUUGUCUUUACAACGAACAAAGAUGUACAACUAACUUAUAUACCGAGUAAAGCUAUCAAACAUCUGAAAGCUGCAAAACGGAUAGAUGUGAAAUAUGCAAGUAUAAAGGUCGUGACUCCGUACUCGUUUGCUAAUCUGAGCGAAGUAGAAGAAAUAUCAUUGAGUGACAAUCAAGUACAAGUGUUGAAGAAAUAUUCGUUUGCACAUCACAAAGCUCUACUAACCAUCAACCUCGAUACGAAUGACAUCGUCGAAAUAAACAGAGAUGUCUUCUUUGACUUGCCAAGCCUUGAAAAACUUUUCUUGACGAUGAACAAAAUAACCACAAUUCACGACAAAGCGUUUGUAAACUUGAUAACCCUGAGAGAACUGGAGCUGGAUAAGAACAACAUUUUCAGUUUGAACAGUGAAACUUUCGCUGGACUCAGACACUUGUUGAGACUUGAACUGAGCAAGAAUGCUAUCGAGGUGAUUGGAGACAAUACCUUCCUACCUCUAAAGAACUUGCAGUACCUGAAUUUGGAAGGAAACAAGAUAGAAAUGCUUGAUUCCAAGGCUUUUAAUGGCCUUUCAAAUCUACAACAUUUGUCUUUGGCUCUGAACAAGCUGAGUUCCAUAGAUAGCGUGAAUGUGUUUGAGGGUCUACGGUCACUGUCCUCACUGAGUCUACGAGGAAACAAAUUGUUUGAGAUCAAGUAUGAAGUUGUAGCGCCAAUCUUGAGCCAGUUCUUCGGUGCUAAAGGCACAAUGGACUUUGAAGACAACAGCUUUCCAUGCGACUGCCGCCUCGACUGGUUCAUGACCUUCAAGAACAAAACUUCCAAUGAAGCCUUAAAAUUAAAUAUUGAAAACCUCAAGUGUAUACCGAACGCUGAGCUGAGCAAAGCCUGGGAAAAAAUAGUUGAAAAUGAGAAAAACAAUGGAGCAUCAUUUGAAGAUGAAAAAACCCCAAACCAAAACGGAGACUAUGAAUAUUACGACGAUACACAGUUAGAAGGAAAACUUUUCUACAUAGAUAUCAGAGACCUAUUAAACUGUUCAAAAACAGUAAUGCAUUUAUCACAAUCUGUGCCAUUAACACCUCCAAUUGUGGAAGCUGAAACUACUACAAUAAAGAAUAAACCUCAAUACACUUUAACGACUAAGAAACCAGAAGUAUAUGUGUCGAAGAAAGUAUUCAAUAAAGGCAUUUUAGACCUUUCCUUAAGCGAGACUACAGAACGCGAAGAGAAUGAUAAAAAAACUAAACAUACAACAAGCGAAGAAGCGAAAACAACUUAUUCUGAUAACACUGCAUCAAACGACUUUGAUAGAAAUGUUCUCAACGACGGAAAUAGUAUGGACGAUAAGAAUUCACUUCAUGAUGAUAAAGAAAUGGCCUCAGACGAAGCUGUACCCGACAAACUUAACUACCAUAGAGAUUUCGAAGAAGAGCCAAAAACGCGAAAUAUGAACGCUGCAACGAGUAGUUCUUUUAGUUUAGCUUUAUCUAUUCCAGUACUAUUAGCAAUUAGAUUACAGUUUUAAUCACAAUUACAACCUAAGUUAGCUUUAAUUAUUUAUAGCUUUGUAAGUUUAAGAACUAGGAAUUGUAAAAAUGUCACAGUCAUUAUUCAUUAUUAAAAUCGACUAUUUCGUUAAGAAUG